CAGAAUGAGGAACGUUCUAUUGGCAUUCGUACUGGCAGCCCUUUCAUCUGCUGCAGCAAAGUCCAUAAGCCGCUUUACACAGUACCGUUCCUGGAAUUCCCAGAUGUACCCCAUGUGGAAAGAUGGGGACCCCCGGAACAGAACCAUCUGGAGAGGCGGUGACGUGACGUUCGCCGUCAGCAAUGACGCGCCCACGCUGACCGGCGCGAAGACCACCUUCUGCAUCGAGAUCCACUUCCCGCCGAGCCAGACGGUGUUGGCUGACGGCCGCGUGGUGUGGGCGGAGAACGGCGUACUUAACGGUACACGCUAUCGACAGUCUCAGGCCGUGUAUCCGGAGACCGACGCGUCGGACGACUGGAACGCCGUCUUUCCAGAUGGGACGUCCUUCAACAGCGUCACCGGCAAGAAGCCGCACUACGUGUAUGUGUGGAAGACAUGGGGACAGUACUGGCAGGUUGCGGACGGGCCCUCCUCCUCUCUGACCAUCGGCACAGAUGACGUUCCUCUGGGCUCCUACAACAUGGAGGUGGUCGUCUACCACCUCCGCAGCAAGGAGAAGUUCAUCCCCCUGGGAUAUGCCUGCACGCAGUUCUCCAUCACGGACCAAAUCCCCUUUGCUAUGUCGCUCUCCCAGGUGAACGACGUCAACGUGGCCGACCAGAGCUUCGUGCAGAACCGCGCCAUCACCUUCAGCGUCAGCCUGCACGACCCCAGCCAGUACCUGAGCGACGCCGACGUCACCUUCAACUGGGACUUCGGCGACAGCAGCGGCACGCUGAUCUCCCGCGAGCUCACCGUCACCCACACCUACACCUCCGCUGGCUCCUACCAGCCCCGGCUGGUCCUGCAGGCCGCCAUCCCCAAACCGGGCUGCGCCACACCCGCCAACGUCCCGACCGCGGCCAACCCCACCCCUGCCCCGGUCACCUCCGUGCCCCUUGGGCCCCCCGUUGGUAGGAGCACCACAGAUGGGCGGAUUGAGACCUCUGAAGCUCCGGUGAUGGGAUCCACCCCAGGAGCCGCCUCUGCUGCCACACCCACGGGAGGGCAGGCUUCCCUCAGCCCUGUUGCCACUGAGGCUGCUAAUAUGGCUAAAACCGCUAACCGGGCUAAAGCCGCUAACAGGGCUAAAACCUCUAAUGGGCCUGUCUUAGGAGCAGUGGGAGCAGCAGGGGAGGCCGCGUUGGCGGUGGAGAUGGAGAUGAAGGGGGACCGGGCCAAGAUGGGAGCUCAGGCAUCUGUGGUGAUGGCCAGGCGGCAGGCCCCUGCUGGACCCACAGACGCCGACUGCGUCAUUUACCGCUAUGGGUCCUUCUCCGCUAACCUGAACAUCGUCCCGGGCAUUGAGAAUGUGGAGAUAGUUCAGAUGGACAAUGUCAUCAUAGAGGCUGAGGUGCAACAAAAUGCGGUAGAUCUCACAAUCAUCUGUCAAGGAAGCCUGCCGACCCAGGUGUGCACGGUUGUGCUGGACACGGAUUGCAUUGUGCCGGUACACACCACGUGCAACUCGGUCAUGCCAACUGCAGAGUGUCAGAUGGUCUUGCGUCAGUUCUUCAACGACUCCGGCGUCUUCUGCAUCAACGUGUCCGUGAGUGAUGAUGUCAGUCUGGCGGUCACCAGCGCCAGAGUCAGCGUAACCAUGACAUCGGGCUUCACCAUCAGUGCCAUGGCAACUGCACUGGGCAUGAUGAUCCUUGGGGUUGCCAUAUGUGCAGUGGCUUUCACCUACAGGCACUUAAAGGACUACCGUCCACUGAGAGAGGACCUAGCUGUUACGCCCUCACUGAGCACUAGACGGGCCUCUGCUGCUGCUCUGAUAUGGAAGCUGCUGGCCGAUCAGACUGUUGGAGAGAAGGGCCGUCCCCUGCUUCCAGGCUGAACACUCUGACCUUGAUGAGAAUCAAGACACA